CGACUACUUGUUGGUUCUGUUGAUAAUACCUGUCGGUAUAGAAUUGCCAUCAUGCGUAAAUGAUGCCCGCUAUAUCACAGCCGCCACCACACUAGAUCCUCUGAAUGCUUUGACAGUGCGGCUAAAUACGAGAUCCUCAUCUACAAGCUUCGGGCCAUGCCUUGUCUAAGCCAUCCAACAUUCCUGCAAAUCAAUAUUAUGGGGAAUAAGGUUGACUACUACGGAGAUAUAUGGCUACCAUGAUGAUGAUGUAUCUUUCCAGAGCCGAGCAUUCCGGCAGUGAAGCAAGCACUCAGAAAAUGAGUAUAAGAACAAGUAGAAUGACCAGAGAUUGAGCAACAAGCAGCAACAGCAUCUAUCUCUUUCUUACAGGAGAUCAUUGAGCCAUAACCAUGCAGUUCCUUUCGAUUUUGACUUCCUCCUUUCUUGCCAUCGGCCUCACGGCUGCGUCGACCCCUUCAUCGUUCACUCCGUCUGUCGAAGCGGAUGUAGGCGUCAUUUUCUCGGCUGAUGGAAGCCAACUCACUCUCACAGCUGGGACUUUGAUCAGCCAGAACUGGACCACUGAUGCUCCUACCCUGUACUUAGAGGAUACUACCUCGACGGAUGGCCAGUACACCAUCAUCAUGAUUGAUCCAACCAUCAACGAAGACGGUGUCUUGACGACUGCCCUGCACUGGUACCAACCAUACCUGGCCUACUCCUCCGGUGUCCUUGAGAUCAGCAACACGUCUGCCCCAAGCGCAGAAUAUGUCUACCCGACACCGCUGGAAGGACCCGCGCACGAUUAUAUUCUGCUGCUGUACAGCCAGCCAGAGGACUACUCCCUUCCCGUCUGUCUCGAGAGCUUGCUGCCUGCAACUGAUGCCGCACGCCUCGGGUUUGACCUUGAUGAAUUCGAGGAAGUGACUGGCCUGGGUACCCCCGUGGCAGCGAACUGGUUCCAGGUUGUGAACCCGACCCCUGCGUCUACUACUUAUGCGAUCACAUCUACGCUUGUUGCUACAUAUGCGUGUGAAGCGACUGCGACUGCUACGGCCAGCUCUUGAGGGUAGCAUAGGGAUCGCUGAAUAGACCUUGCCCGCAGAUAUACAGAGAUGGGUUCUAUUUGUACCAUAGAUAUAGACGUUUCAUCUGGGUAUGAUCGGGGAUUGGCACGCCAUGAAACACAAAGCUUUGUACUACACAGCAUAAAAAUACACUGUCAGCAAAUCGAUUGCUUACUUUACGAAAAUG